UUCACAUUUAGUCUGGAGUAGUUAAUUAGUUAUUAGCAAAGUCGAAAUUGAGCCGAGAGUUCAGUGGAGCAAAGGUAGCACCACCAAGGAGCAAUUAAAGGUGGCCCAGGCAUAGUGAUUACAUCCACUGAGCAGCAUUUUUGAGGCAAAGGAGUUCAGUGAAGCAAAGGUGGGAUUAACCAUUAACUAAGGCCAAAUUGGGUUGUGCAGCUCAGCCCAAGCCGACCAAUUGUCCUCAAUCAAAAAAGUCUUAUCUUCAACAAUUAUACCCUUCGCUAAAAGCCAAUCAGAUUAGAUAUGAUAAUAAUAAUUAAGAUAUAUGUUGUAUUUGCUUGCUAAUUGCUAUCAUUUCUUCCUUUCAUGAGACUCAGCAAAGAAUCUCUGAGAAAAUUGAGAGAGAGAGAGAGUGAUUAAUAAGCUAAUAAAGGUCUAAGGUCUUAAGGAGAUUUCUCACUUUGGUGAUGCUGUUAAAGAAUAAGAAACUUAAAACAUAAAGAAUCAAAGAGUAUUCACUGUAAUUUCAUUUUCGCCCCUCAUUGAUGAUCUUCUCCGCCGCUGGCCCUCAAAGUAGCAACAGCAGUGGUGGUGGUUUAGGGAAAUGGAUCGUGUCUGCUGAAGGUAGUACUGGUUUAAGCGGCAGCAGCGGUGGAGGAGUUGCCGCUGGCGGAUUUUGGGGCGUUUCUGGAGUUUCUCCAUCCAAUGUUGGAUAACUAUUGUCGUGACGGCCAUGGCUGGUCUCGCCUUGGUCGCCACUCUCGUCUACUCUCGUAGGUAAAAGAAUAAUUUAAAACAGCACUAAAAUUGAAGCCAAAUUUCAAAUCAGAGAUUUUUCUUUUUAUCAGUAUGCUGUUCUUCAUAAUCAGAAACCUAGAUAUUAUUGAUUUUAGAGAUUAGAUAGAUAAAGAUAAAGAUAAGAUGUUGACGGAACGGAAACCAAUAAUGAGAGCGCUAAGGCGAAGCCACACGUCAUCUUCUUCUCCACCGGCAAAUUCCUCAUCCUCUCCUUCAUCAUCGUCGUCUUCGUCAUGGAUUCAUUUGCGAUCAGUUAUGUUAGUAGUUGCUUUCUCCGUCUCAUUCUCGUCGUCGUCGUCGUCGUCACCAGUUUCCAUUAAUCGGGGAGGUUAUAAAUCACCUUGGUCACUAAGAAGAAGAAAACAUACACUUCUUCCAAAGCAGUGGAAGAGUUUAUUUACACCUGAUGGAAAACUCUGUAAUGGUAGUGUUAAAUUUCUGAAGAAAGCACGCAGUGGUGGAAUUGAUCCAAGUAUUAGAUCAGAGGUUUGGCCAUUUCUCCUUGGAGUCUAUGAUGUGAACAGUUCUAAGGAAGAAAGAGAUUGCACUCGAGCUCAGAGAAGAAAAGAAUAUCAGAAUCUGCGGAAACAAUGCCGGCGAAAUCUCAAACGCAAUGACAAGAGUUUUAAGUUGAAGGAAACUACAGGAAUCAGCACUGAGAACAGUGGAGACUUUAGCCAAGUUAUGGAUUGUCCUGGAUUUGAGGAAGUUGUUAGUGCUUCGAGGUCAUCUUUUACUGGGGGGUGUAGCUUAGCUUCUGAGUCAAUGUUGGAACCAGAUGUUGACAACAAUGCACUCACCUACGAAGAUCGCUUCUCUUGUGAUAUUGAUUUUUCGGACUGUGACUCAUCUGAUGAACCUGAAAACAUAGGACCUUUCACUGCCACUGAAGCUAUCAAGGACGAUGACCUUAACAUGUGUGCACAGGAGAAAUCCAUUCCUGAUGAUUCAGAAGUUAAGUCCAGAUCCCACAAAGAGGAAGAUUUUGCUACAUGGCAGAGAAUCAUGCGACUUGAUGCUGUGCGGGCGAAUGCUGAAUGGAUCAUGUACUCGCCAAGUCAGGCUUCAAUAUCAGAGCUAAAGGCACGACAAUUUGCUGACAGCAUUGGGUUGAUUAAUUAUGAUCACUUGGAGCCAUGUAGGAUUUUUCAUGCUGCUCGUCUGGUUGCUAUCCUUGAGGCCUAUGCACUGUAUGAUCCUGAGACUGGUUACUGUCAGGGAAUGAGUGAUUUACUUUCUCCUAUUAUUGUAGUGAUAGAGGAGGAUUAUGAAGCCUUUUGGUGUUUUGUGGGCUUCAUGAAGAAAGCUCGGCAUAAUUUCCGGCUUGAUGAAGUGGGAAUCCGGAGGCAACUGGGCCUUAUUUCCAAGAUAAUUAGGUGCAAGGAUAUCCAUCUCUACAGGCAUCUGGAGAAGCUGCAAGCAGAGGAUUGCUUCUUUCUGUACAGAAUGGUGGUGGUUCUUUUCAGGAGGGAGUUAAACCUUGAGCAAACAUUAUGCCUGUGGGAGGUGAUGUGGGCUGAUCAGGCAGCAAUAUGGGCAGGGAUUGCCAAGUCUGCCUGGGGUAGAAUGAGGUUAAGAGCCCCUCCUACUGAUGAUCUGCUGCUUUAUGCAAUAGCAGCCUGUGUAUUGCAGAGGAGGAAGCAGAUUAUCGAGAAGUAUUGCAGUAUCGAUGAGAUAAUGAGAGAUUGCAACAGCAUGGCUGGGCAAUUGGAUGUGUGGAAGCUUCUCGACGAUGCACAUGACUUGGUAGUGUCACUGCAUGACAAGAUUUAGGAAUUCUGUUGUCCUAGGCUUUGGCCUUUUUCCGUCCUCCACUGAUCUGUUAUUUCUCUUUAAUUUGUCCUUAUUGGACCAUUGGGAGAUCCCUUCUGAAACUAAGGGAUUAACCUUUGACUCUAUGCUCGAGAUAAGCAUCUGAUAGGCAGUUUGUUUAUAGGGUAAAAUAUGGAGUCAUGAAUGUCGUGCCCGCGCUCAAGCCUCCUUGGAGUGAUAGUGGCGUCAUCCCUGCGAAAUUAGCAUGUUAAUUUCUUUUACUGCUGCCUGCCUUUCUUUCGCUCAAGUCUUUUUGCAUGAGCUAUCGUUUUCCUAGCAUGGGGCCCUUCAACGUAGAUUAACCUGUGGGGUGAAUGACUCAGAACUAAUAUUAGAUAAACAUUGGAUUUGGGUCCCUUCUUCAGCUCCUUAAUGAUUGCUUUCAGCUUGUCUUGUUAGUUUGUUAUUACUUAACUUGGAAGUUUGGAAUAGACGGGUGCAUUUUAAUUAUGA